GGUUGUGGUGGUGGUGGUUGUGGUGGUCAAUGAACACCGCGCAAGCCCGGCCGCCUUUGUCUUCCUCGCCGCGGCAAACGUAACUCAUUUAAGGCGGAGUCGACCUAGGGGAGGGGGGGUGACCCAUGCAAAACCAGGUUACAUUGUUUUUUAGAGCUUUAUUUUGUCGAUUUUGAAAACGUUUUGGUUUUGGCCACGCCUGGUUUGCCUGUUGCGGUACUACAGAGUUAUAGCCCGAUAACUUUAAAUUGUCUCGUGGUUGUUAUUUUUUGCUGGGUUUUUUUUUUCAACUCUCUCCCCUUCCCUCCCUUUCCCUGGAUUUUUCUGUUUGCGCGUGGGCACUUUAAGAUGUCUUUUUUUUCCCCUUGUUCGUGGUUUUGUUUUGCUGCUGCACACGAUUCAAGAGGGCUACAUCCAAUAAACGAAACUGGAAAAACUGAGGUUGGACUUGGUCGGCCGUCCCCACGUCCCGCAGCGCCGACGCGCUCACCACCAGCGCCACCGCUCCUCCCUCGCCCCCACAUUAACAAUGGGAUUUAAAACCCCCAACAGCAACAACGGUGGGGGUCGAUUCAAUCAGAUCGGCGGCUCUGAUUGAUUGAUUAAUUCAUUAAUUGUUUACCCACCACCACCACCAGCACCAACAGAACCCCUCCCCCACCAACCUUGCUAACCCCUUAAAGCCAUCACCCCCCGCGGACAAGACAAGAGCUAACGCCGCCGCCACCACCACCACCACCACCCCUACCCCCAUCAACUCAAAACAACUUCUGAGUCCAUUUCGUCGUACCGGAGGACAUACAGACAGCCAGCCAUCAUCAUCACCCGUAGUCACCCUCCCUCCUUGCUUAAUCCUUCCAUCAUCGUCAUCAUCAUCACCUCCGUCUCAUCAUCGUCGUCGCCAGCUGAUCAUUAUCACCACCACCAUCAUCAUCGUCACCAUCAUCAUCGGUCUCGAGUCGUCGUUUUUGAUCCCUCCUCGUGGUGCUUUCGACUUGGCACGGCUGCGUUCGGGUGCGCGCAAGAAGCUCGGCCUCCGUACGUUACGGGGAAGACAUCAGCCAUCAUCAUCAGCCAUAAUCAUCACCCAUCAUCACUCAUCACCCAUCACCCAUCAUCAUCAUCUGCUCCACCGUCUCUGUCGCCUGCACCUCGACCAUCACCACCACCCCCGCCACCACCGCCACCACCACGACCACCACCACCACCACCACGACCACCACCACCGCCACCACCACCACCACCACGACCACCACGACCACCACCACCAUCCGUCCACCGUUUCAACCACCGCUUGCUGUGCCCUGAUGGACAACAACCAGGGCGUCGUGAAGACUCGCCAGGCGAACACAGAGACGCCAUCGCUGUGGAAGGUUGUGGGCAACAUUGUGGGGCGACUCUAGCUCUGCUCAAGGUGGACUCGAUGGACAGUCACCCAUAGUCCACCCAUAGUCUACCAAUAGUCCACCUAUAGUCCAUCCAUGGUCCACCCACGGUCCACCUAUGGUCCACUCGCAGUCCGCCCGCAGUCCAACCACAGUCCACCUGCAGUCCAUCUACUCGGUAGCCCCAAGAGCCGCACGGUCCACCAAUCAGAGCCACUGACAGGCCUGGUAUUUCACCAACCAGCAGCCGAGACCAACAGCUUCACCAGUAGUCCAGCCACUGGACCACUAGUCCAGGCACUAGUCCAGCCACUGGUCUAGCCACUGGUCCACUAGUCUAGCUACUGGGCCACUAGUCCAGUCACUAGUCCACUAGUCUAGCCACUGGUCCACUAGUCCAUCCACUAGGCCAUCCACUAGUCCAGCCACUGGUCCACUGGUCCAGCCACUGGUCCAUCCACUGGUCCACUGGUCCAGCCACUGGUCCACUAGUCCAGCCAUUGGUCCAGCCACUAGUCCAGCCACUGGUCCACUGGUCCAGCCACUGGUCCACUAGUCCAGCCAUUGGUCCACUAGUCCAGCCAUGGUCUAGCCACUAGUCCAGCCACUAGUCCACUGGUCCAGCCACUAGUCCACUGGUCCAGCCACUGGUCCACUGGUCCAGCAACCGGCCCACUAGUCCAGUCACAUGUCCGGUAAUACAGGCGCUGGUCCGCCAACGAGCUUCCUGGUUAGUCCACCGCCCAACCAGCUGCUCAACCAACCAGCCGGAGAGUCCACCCACCCACUCGCCCGAGGAGCGAUGGACUCGCCGAACCACGAGGUGGAGAUGGAAGAGGACAACGCGGCGCUGCCUGCCGCGCUCCACCCACAGGAGGAAGAUAUGGAGCACGGUGAUUGCACCGGUGGUGGCGGCGGCGGUGGUGAUGGAGGACAGGAAUCUGGCAAGACGGAGAGAAGCAAGAGGAACUACCAGCGCUACCCCAAGCCUCCGUACUCGUACGUGGCGCUCAUCUGCCUGGCGAUCACGCGCUCCGCGGAGCUGCAGCUUACGCUCCGACAGAUCUUCAGCCUCAUCAGCUCCAUGUUCCCGUUCUUCACGGGCGAGUACAAGGGCUGGAGGGACUCCGUGCGCCACAACCUCUCUGCGAACAAGUGCUUCUCCAAGGUGCUUAAGGACCCUUCGCGCCCGGGCUGCAAGGGCAACCACUGGACGCUGGACAUCGACAAGGUGCCGCCCGAGGCCCUCCUGCGGCAGAACACGGCCGAGUCGCGCAAGGCCCGCUCGCCGUACCCGCAGGACCUGCGGCCCUACCUCCUGGACCCGGGCCUCCGCCUCUGGCCGUGCUCGCCGGGCCAGGACGAGGCUUCGGCCCACAAUGCCGCGGCCGCUCCUCCUCCCGCCGCUUCCGCGCCGAUGGCCGACGUGUCCCGGCCGCCGCCGCAGCUCGGCUGGGCGAACGCCGACGCUCCGGUGCCGCCGUGCCGCCCGCCGGCCGCGCCGGGCCCGGCCCUGGCCUCCGCUCUCGAGCGGUUCCGCCCGUCGCCGCCGCCGCCGCCGUUCUCCGGCGUCGUCUCCGGCGUCUCGGCUGCCUCCUCCUCGUCCGCGCCGUUCCUCUCGGUGGCCGGGCACUUCCUGUCACCGUUGGCGGGGGUUCCCUCGUACCCGCCCCGAGUGCCGCCGGGCGACGUCGCGUGGGGCAACGCGGCGGUCCUGCCGGGCCGUCCGUCGCUGCCCGCCCCGUCCCCCAACCCCGCCCCCGCCCCCGCCCCGUCCACCUGCGCUCAGGCGCCGACGGCCGCCGGCUCCACCAACCUGCACCAGCAGCUGCCGUCGGUGUCCUCCACCACCACCGCCUCCUCCUCCUCCUCCGUGCAUCGCCCGCUGCGAGCGGACGAAUCGGAUUCGUCGCCCGCCGUCUCUCGCCCGUCGUCGUCCGCCUCCGCCGCCUCCUCCGCCUCCUCCGCCUCCUCCUCCUCCAUCGCCUCGUCGCCGUUCUCCCGCUCGCCGUCGCCCGCCCCUGGACGGCCGCCGCCGCUGCCGCAGCCGCCGGGCCCCGUGGACGUCUGCAUGGCCCUCUCGUCUCCCGCGGGGCAGCGCCGGCGUCGGCACCGGCACCAGGCGGGCGAACGGCAGUGCCAGCGCCGGCGCCGCCACGAGCGCCGGGACACGGGGGGCGAUCGCCAGCGGCCGCUCGGCCUGGCAAUUCCCUCCUCCUCCUCGUCCGCAUCAUCAUCCUCAUCCUCCUCAUCCUCCUCCUCCUCCUCGUCGGCGUCGUCGGCUGACACCGCCGCCGACGCCGAGGGGCGCCGCGCGUGGCACGCGGCAUGGGUGGCGCAGCCGUGGCAGUGCCAGCCUGGCAACGCCAACGUGGCCGCCGCCCACGGUAACAAUUGCAACGCGGCCGCCGCCCACGGUUACGGCAACGCGGCCGCCGCCCACGGUUACGGCAACGUGGCCGCCGCCCACGGUUACGGCAACGUGGUCGCCGCCCACGGUUACGGAAACGUGGUCGCCGCCCACGGUUACGCCCAUGGCAACGUGGCCGCCGCCCACGGUUACGCCCAUGGCAACGUGGCCGCCGCCCAUGGUUACGCCCAUGGCAACGUGGCCGCCGCCCACGGUUACGCCCACGGUCACGCCCAUGGCAACGUGGCCGCCGCCCACGGUUACGCCCAUGGCAACGUGGCCGCCGCCCACGGUCACGCCCAUGGCAACGUGGCCGCCGCCCACGGUUACGCCCACGGUCACGCCCAUGGCAACGUGGCCGCCGCCGCCGCGUACGGCAACCCGGCCCCGCAGGCGCUGGUCUCAUGGGAGCUGCCGACCUCGCACUCCAAGUUCACGCCCCCAAACGCGGUGGCGCCACCCGCCGGUCCGGACUCGCUGGCUUUCCUUAGCGGCCCCGGCGGCAGCCCCGGCACAAUCCCCGCGUACCGAUCGCCACCGUCAUUGUCCUGUUCCCCCUCCACCUCCGCGCCGUCGCCGUCGCCGUCGCCGUCGUCGUUGCAUCCGCCGUCCCCGCCGCUGCAGCUGGUGUCGUACUGGGUGAGGUCGCGCGACGCUGGUCUCCUCUACCAGGUGCCCACGUUCCUGGACUACGAGCGCGUCUACGGCGUCGUGCCACCCAACAAGAGCGUCUUCGACCUCUUCCUAGUGCCCGCGUCGCCCGCCGCUGCGAUGCUGCCGGCUGUCCCGUUCCCUUCCUCCUCCUCCUCCUCCUCCUCUUCCUCCUCCUCCUCCUCCUCCUUUCCACAGGGCCGCUAGGGCCAGCCACCAGGG